CUGUUAUACUUUGCAUUUUUUCAAUUACAGGAUUAUGUUUUCAUUAAAACAAACUUAAAGUUUGAUGUCAAUCGCUUGACAGAACACCAGAAAGAGUCUUUGAAACGAAGGAAAGAAGAUAUUGCAGCAUUGUAUAAUGAUUUAUCACAAUCUUCAUCACAAGAUACUCAAAAUUUACAAGAAUGGUUUGAUAAAAAAAGUAAAAGUUUAGGAGAAGCAGAGAAAGAUCAUAACAAAAAAGAUAAUAUUUCAAUAAGAAAUAUGUUGGAUGAUGAUGCAAAUAAAGAAAACAAAAUUGAAAUGAAGGAAUUA